UAUACAAAUAAGCUCUCCACACACACUGCAAUAAGCAACUUCAUUUUCUGAUGAAUAUUUUUGAAUCACACCACCACUCAGAUACAUCUUCUUCGUCGGAAACAAGCUCCUCAAACCGUAAUAAUACAGAAACGUUUUUGCCAGAAAGACCCAAGAAGCGAACAGGUAGAAGAGUACUCAAGGAGACAAGACACCCUGUGUAUCGCGGAAUACGAAAGAGAAACAAUAACAAGUGGGUUUCUGAAAUGCGAGUUCCUAACCGUAACAAAUGCAGCAAGUCAAGGAUUUGGCUUGGAACAUAUGCUACACCAGAAAUGGCUGCACGUGCACACGAUGUUGCUGCACUCGUUCUUAAGGGGAAAUCAGCUUGUCUUAAUUUUGCUGAUUCUGCAUGGCGGUUGAGGCUGCCGGAGUCCAAUGAUGCAGACGAGAUAAGGAAAGCUGCAAUGGAAGCUGCUGAGCUAGUUUAUGUUGAAGACAACAACCAGUGUGAGGUUAGUGUUGGUGAUGGAGUGGUCAUGGAAGAUUCCAAUGAUAAGCACGACAUGAUCGAACAAGUUCCGACGGAAUUCGACGACAUGCAUGAUUUGCUUUUGAGUAUUGCAAAUGAGCCUUUACGUUCUCCUUCUCCUUCCAUCACAGAUUAUGCCACUAACUGGUUUGACAUGGAGAUGUUUGACACUCAAGUCUCAUCAUUGUGGGACUUCUCGGAUGUACGUAAUUAGUUAAAAUUUGUUGUUAGUUUCUCAUAUUGUGCAUAAUUCAUUAGCUUAAGUUAGGAAUGAUCAGUUAGGUUUGUUUGAUAUUUGAGGAAGUUGUGAUAGUUACUAAGUUAUUAGGAAUAACUUAAUACAACACCAUUCAUUCUUGUAAUGACUAA